CUCCAUUUAGUUGUCUAGUCGAGGGAAACCAAAUCAGACGAGAAUGCGCGCUUCCAUACUGUUUUUCGGCCUGCUGCUGGUGGCCAGCUGCUCCACGAUUUUGGCCAGGCCACAGGAGAGCACUACGCCGAGCACCACCACCUCAACCACCACCACCACGACGACUCCGAAGCCUAAAGAGUCGUCUACAACCACUACGACUACGACGACGACAACGGAAAAGCCCAAGUCAGAGUCCACAACUGCCAGUACGACUACCACAAGCACCACCCCGAGCACCACCACCAGCACCACUCCCAGCACCACUCCCAGCACCACUCCCAGCACCACCCCGAGCACCACCACAACCACUACUACGACCACCACUCCAAAGCCCGAUGAUGAUGAGGCCGCCAAGCUGCUGCAACAAUGUGCCGAGUUGAGCCGCCGGAAGAAGCGGGGUGGAUCUUCCUCGUCCGAAGAGGACGACAGUGGCGAGAAGAAAUCGGCAAAGAAGGAGCGCAAGCAGUUGAAGAAACUGUGCAAGCAGUUGAAGAAGCAGCAGGAGCGCAAGCAGGAGAAGGCCCAGAAAUCGGCACUAUCGGAACUGGCCGAGGCCUUGAAAAACUACAACCAAAAGCAGAAGAACUAAUGUGCCAAUAAAUCUUUUUUUUUACAUUUUUUUUCUUUGUUUUUAGUGUACUUUAUAAUAUUUAUCAAAAAGUAUGCCAAUAAAAUGGAUCUUUAAAU